AUGACUGAACAACCUAGCAACCAAGCGGCCUGGCUCACCGCCGAAAAGGCCUACCCGCUUGAGGUCAAGGAGGCGGCCUUCCCCGUGCCCGUCGGCGACGAAAUCGUCAUCAAAGUCAGCGCCAUUGCCAUCAACCCCGUUGACUGGGUCCUCCAAGAGACCGCGUUCUACCCCCUCCCCUACCCCUGGAUCCUCGGCAACGACGUCGCCGGCACCGUCCACACCACCGGGCCCACGCAAACCACCUACGCGCCAGGCGACCGCGUCCUCGGCCUCGCGCCGGGCUUCGACACGAAGGACAGCGCCGGCGGCGGUUUCCAGCGCUACGUCAAGCUCGCACCGCCGCUCGUAACACCCCUGCCACCAACCGUCCCCUUCGCCGACGCCGCCGUGCUGCCGCUGGCGACGGGCACGGCGGCGGCCGGCCUGUUCGAGGCCGAGCACAUGGCGCUGCGACUGCCAUCCGCUGAGGCGCGGAAAGAGAUGGAGGCGAAAGCGGAGAAAGAGCGGGAAGUGCUGCUGGUGUGGGGCGCGGCGAGCAGCGUGGGCAGCUGCGCGGCGCAGCUGGCGCGGAACGCCGGGUACGAGGUCUGGGGCGUGGCGUCGGCGGCGAAUGCGGGAUACGUGCGCGAGGGGCUAGGCGCGGCGCGGGCGUUCGAUUAUCGGGCGGAGGGCGUGGUGGGGGAGAUUCUGCGCGCGUUUGAGGGGAGGCGGUUUGCUGGUAUCUUCGAUGCGACGAGUGUGAAUGGCGCGAUAGAGGCGUGCGUGGAGAUUGCGGCGAAGGUGGAGACGGAUGGGAGGAGGUUUGUGUCUAGCGUGAGGUGGUUGCCGGAUGGGCUGAAGGGGAAUUUGCCCGAGGGCGUCGAGUGCAAUUGGAUGUGGGGUAGUAUGAGCAAGAAGACGGCUGUGGGACCGGCCGUGUUUGAACAGUUCUUGCCGAAGGCGCUCGAGGAUGGGAGGUUCAAGUGUUUGCCGAGGCCGGAGGUCGUUGGGGAAGGAUUGGAGAGUUUGCAGAAGGCGUGUGAUGUUCUGAAGGGGGGUGUAUCGGCGAAGAAGGUGGUUGUUACUUUGUGA